AUGCAUGAGACGAUGAGAUCCGGAGACCACUCUUACGAAGUCGACAAGAAUGGCCAGAGCCAACUCGAGAUGGUGGCUACUCGCACCCCGCCUAGCGAGCCCGAGAAGCAGCAGUUGGCGCCCAUUACCAGCAGAGCUCCAGAAGUUCACGAGAAGAUGAACGCAAGGCUAGCCAUGACGCUUCUGUGCAUGUCAUUCCUCUGGAUCGGCUCUCAGAUCCCGCUCUUCCUCUUUGGCUCAGUUCUUCCGCUCAUCUAUCAGGACGUUGGUGGAGUUGAUCGAUACAUUUGGUUCGUCAUCGGAUACCUCAUCCCCAAUGCGGCUCUCUGUCCUUUUGUGGGCGCGUUGUCCGACCUGUUUGGGCGACAGAAGGUGGCUAUUGUGGGUCAAUUGUGCCUCAUAGUCGGGCCGAUUAUCACAGUGACUGCGCAUACCAUGAACAUCGCUAUCGCCGGUCAGGUCUUCUCGGGAAUUGGUGCCGGUCUCAAUGAGCUCAUCGCACUCGCCGGUACAGCAGAGAUCGUGCCCAUCAAGGAUCGCGGCAAGUACGUCGGUCUUGUCGUGAUCACCAUCCUUCCCUUCUGCCCAUCAGUGUUGUGGGCUCAAUUGAUCGCUCAACAGAGCAAUUGGCGCUACAAUGGUAUUUUGGUUUGUGUAUGGAACUUCAUCGGGUUGGUACUCUGUGUCUUCUGCUACAAGGACCCGUCGCGCUUGACGGAAGAGUACACCGCCCGCCAUGUCCUCCGCCAGGUCGACUACAUUGGUGGCAUCUUGAGCACAUGUGGUAUCACUCUCUUUAUGAUGGGUCUACAAUGGGGUGCAUCACAGUAUGAAUGGGGCAGCCCACAUAACAUCGUGCCUCUCGUUCUCGGCAUCAUCCUCAUCAUUGCCUUCUUCGUAUGGGAGGUGUAUGCUCCACACCCCAUGGUUCCCAGGGCAAUCUUCCACAAAGCGAAGCAGACCAUGAUAGUUAUCCUUCUUAUCACAUUCCUCAGUGGUGGUAACUACUUCGUCCUGCUGCUCUUCUGGCCUACUCAAAUCUACAACGUCUAUGGUGAUGACCCGGUUGGCGUCGGAAUCCGCUCUCUUCCCAUCGGCUUCGGCAUCAUCGGCGGUGCAUGCAUCUGCCUCGUCCUCAUCCCCGCCACCAAGGGUCGCAUCCGCGAAUUGAUGAUCUUCUUCACGGCCAUGAUGACAGCCGGCACAGGGGCCAUGUGCAUUGCGACACCCGACAACCUGAACGUAGUGUACGCCCUCAUCUCACUAGCAUCCAUUGGAGUUGGCGGGGUCAUUAUUCCUUCCUCCAUCAUCGCGCAGAUCGCCUGUCCGGAUGAACAAAUCGCAACAAUUACAGCCAUCACACUCAGUAUCCGCUACCUCGGUGGUGCGAUUGGUUUCGCAGUCUACUCCAACCUCUUCUUCCGCAAGGUCACCAUCCACCUCACUGAAAUUGUCGCGGAGAAGACAUUAGCGUAUGGCGCCAUCAUCAACCCUCUGUCGGCCGACGGAAUCGCCGUCAUCACCCUCGUUACCAACCUCAUGGGUAAUGCUAGGUUCGAUGAAGUCAAGGAGAUCUUUGCCACCAACCAGGAAGUGCUGCAAAGAGAUGCAUUCCCUGUUGUCCUGCGUGCUUCCCAAGAAGCUUUUGCGUUGGCAUACAGGUGGCCAUACUGGAUCUCGAUCGCUUUUGGUGGUGCUUGCUUCAUCUUGAGCUUCUUCGUUGGAAAUAUUAGAGGCUUGUUGACGGCGAAGGUCGCACACCCCGUUUAA